ACGGAUAACUGGAAGCACGAGGUAAGGUAUCGCAACACUGGCGGGAAAAACCAGGAGUUCGUUGCCUUUGUGGACGAUCCUGACAAUUCGAAUAUAACCAACAACAAUUUGCACAUAUCAAUUACCAAAGAUGAGAGAAAUAUGAUUCUUCUGGGCUGCACCAGCAAAAAGGAAGGCAUAGCGAAAAGAAAGGAGUGUGGAAGGAGCUCGAGAAGAUCGAAACGGGAGCCUUGGGUCUCCAAGACCUUCAGAUCCGCCAAUAUGCACACGAACUUUACCUUCAAAUAUGGGCGAGUUGAGAUCAGAGCUAAAAUGCCUAAGGGCGAUUGGUUAUUUCCAAACAUUCUUCUGGUGCCGAAUAUUGAUAAGUCUGAUGAUGAUUUUGUCGAUCAUAUCCGCUUGUACGCCAGGGGCAAUUCAGUUCUGCAGGACAAGUACCAAUCUUCCCUCGACGGGAGUUCUUUGUUUGGAGGGAUUGUGGUUUGGAACAAAACAGAAACCGAUCCGAAUCCAAGUGAGCAUUUCGUAACCAGGAACGAAGAAUAUUUUUAUGGGGACGAUUUUCACGACUACACUAUUAUCUGGCAGACUGAUAAAAUUAUCUUUAAGUUUAAUGGCGAGUUCUUUGGAGCAAUACACAAUGCGACUCUUCUUGAACCAUUCAAUAAACAUGAGUGCCAUCUAGUGCUGGGCCUAACCGCCGGCGGAAAUGUAAAUUUUAAUGACGAAAUUCUGGAUAUGAAACACAAGCCCUUUUCAAACACCCAUCCCAAAGCGGACAAACAAUUCGAGGAAUUGUCUAGGAAUCGGAAGUGGACACCACUGGUGGUCGACCAUAUCCGGGUUUACGCCAUUGACAAGGAUGGAAAUUAACAAAAUCAUAUUUUCUUUAAAGUUACAAAUGAUGAUAUAAAGGCUUGCUUUCGUAUUAUUACCUUAAAUUAAGCCACUAAUAUCAUUAUCUUAUUCCCAAAUAGCAUCAGGGAAGUCUCUGUUUGAAUCACCCUACCUUCAGUUAUAUCACCUACUUAAAUCUUCUAGUAACUGCUUCUAUUUUAUGCAAAUGGUCACUAGUGGU